AUGCCUACUCCUAACGCAACUUCGACCAAUAUAAACCUCGUCUUCCGUCUUGACCAAGUUCUCUUCCACUCUCGAAGCUAUUGCAUGAUGGACUCGCUCAAUAUUCCACCCGGAAACCCUAUUAAACAAACAUGCCUCCCGCCAGAAAUAAUUGAAGACAUACUUAAUAUCAUUUGGGCAUCCCCCCUUACCCUCAGAGAGCGCAUCACCUUAAUGGUCAGCUCCGUCCUCGUCAGCAAAGCAUGGACGGUCAUAUACAGUCGUGUCUCCUCGAAGGACGUCUUCAUCCCAUGCCCGAACUACGUGCCCUAUCUUAUAAACCUCCUCCAUGGACCUUCCACCAUCUUCGACCCCGCGGUACACCACCUCCCGCAAGAGUGCUGCCGCUCGCUCUCCUUCCGCGUGGAGAUGCGCCCGAAUCAUAAGUUCUGGGACCACCUCAUUCCGUGGAAUGCCAGCAGUAUCUUCGAUCUCCUAUACUGCCUCGACCGCAUCCCGGCGUACCUCCCCAACCUGCGCCGAAUUGCGAUACAAUACUCUGGCGGGGGCUACACGGACUUGUACCAAGGGUUCCGGCUGCGCAACUUCCCCCCUCAGGUCACGGACCUGGAGGUCUCCUUCGUACACAACCUCCCAUCACUCAACUGCCCCCCCAAGGCUUACACGACACGGAUGAAGCACACGUGCUACAUGCCCUCCCUCCGCCGGUUGACUAUACGCGGAGAAGGGCUCUCUUGGUUUAUUUUGGAGAUGUUGGAUGUGUCCCCGAAUGUGCACACCCUCGAAAUGGAUUUGGGAAAUAGAGACGUUUGGAAGACAGAGCGGAUGUCAGAGGUGGCCUCCCUCAUUCUUCGAUGCCCGCAAGGCAGCGAUGACGAGGAGAAGGUGCUGUGGUCUCUCAGAGACACCCUAUCCAAUCCGUCCUCUUCCUCCGAGGUAGACGGCAGGAUGACGAAGCGACGCGUUCUCGUUGGUCCGUUGAAGGUAAACAUGCUGACUUGCUCCGAGUUCUACCCCAUAAGGGACGAACUUGCCCAGCAAGGAGCUUUACUAGAGUUAAUAUAA